AUGGGUUGUGCUCAAUCAUCUGCAACAGAGACAGCAUCCUUCAAGAACAGGAAAAUGGAAGAAUUUGAAUUGAAGAAGAAAAAGCCAGAAUGCACAGGAAUGUUCUGGAGAUCAGAUCCUACAGGCAAGACGACGCUGGCUGGAAAUGACCAUUGGCCUCGUGAUGGUGCAAUUUUGCGAGGUGUUGUGGUCGAAGUUGAAGGGGAGAAAUGGCUUUUGACAAAGGAGGUGAAACAAAAAGGGUCUAGUCAAUGGAAAGAAGCUCCAAAGGGCGCCGCUAUGCCAUUUGAAUAUGAGGAUCAUUAUUACCUUGAGUGA